AUGGUCGCGUCGGGCGCCGCUCUGAGUGACCUUUCACCCGCGCCCAGCGGUCCGGGGCGGUGGCACAAGGCGGAAACCAUGGCGGAGGCGGCGGCUGCAGCGCACGGGACUGGCGCGGGCUCCGGCUCUGCAGCGGACCGGGACCGCGCCGGGAGGAGGCUGCGGGUUCUCUCGGGCCAUUUACUGGGCCGGCCCCUGGAAGCUGUAGGUACCAAUGAAUGCAAAGCGCGGAGAGCCGCGUCGGCGGCCACUUCGGCGCCCACGGCCACUCCUGUCGCGCAGGAGUCCGGCAUCAUCCCCAAGAAGCGGCAAGAAGUUAUGAAAUGGAAUGGAUGGGGAUAUAAUGAUUCCAAGUUCUUCUUCAAUAAGAAGGGCCAAGUUGAAUUGAGUGGGAAAAGAUACCCUCUUAGUGGCAUGAUCUUACCAACUUUUAAAGAUUGGAUCCAAAAUAUCCUUGGAGUAAGUGUGGAGCAUAAAACUACCUCUAAAACAUCCUUAAACCCUAGUGAUACACCUCCUUCUAUUGUAAAUGAAGAUUUUCUUCGUGACCUUAAAGAAACUAAUAUUUCAUAUUCACAAGAAGCAGAUGAUCGAGUAUUUAGAGCUCAUGGUCAUUGUCUUCAUGAGAUAUUUAUGCUCAGGGAAGGAAUAUUUCAGCGAAUUCCUGAUAUAGUUUUAUGGCCAACAUGUCAUGAUGAUGUAGUUAAGAUUGUGAAUCUAGCAUGCAAACAUAACCUUUGUAUCAUACCAAUUGGUGGAGGAACAAGUGUUUCGUGUGGCCUGAUGUGUCCUGCAGAUGAGACAAGAACAAUUAUUUCUUUAGAUACUUCACAAAUGAAUCGAAUCCUCUGGGUUGAUGAGAAUAAUCUGACGGCUCAUGUAGAGGCUGGCAUUACUGGACAAGAGUUGGAAAGACAGCUUAAAGAAAGUGGUUAUUGUACAGGUCAUGAACCAGAUUCCCUGGAAUUCAGCACUGUGGGAGGAUGGGUAUCUACUCGGGCAUCAGGCAUGAAGAAGAAUAUCUAUGGCAAUAUUGAGGACCUGGUGGUUCAUAUAAAAAUGGUAACACCUAGAGGUAUAAUAGAAAAAAGCUGUCAAGGACCUCGUAUGUCAACAGGCCCUGAUAUCCAUCACUUCAUCAUGGGAUCUGAAGGAACUCUUGGUGUGAUAACAGAAGCUACAAUAAAAAUCAGACCAAUCCCUGAAUACCAAAAGUAUGGCUCAGUAGCUUUCCCUAAUUUUGAACAAGGAGUAGCCUGUUUAAGAGAAAUUGCAAAACAGAGAUGUGCUCCUGCAUCUAUUCGACUCAUGGACAACGAGCAGUUUCAGUUUGGUCAUGCUCUUAAACCUCAGGUUUCCUCUAUUUUUACAUCAUUUUUGGAUGGAUUGAAAAAGUUUUAUAUUACAAAGUUUAAAGGAUUUGAUCCGAAUCAGCUAAGUGUAGCUACAUUACUGUUUGAGGGGGACCGUGAGAAGGUUCUUCAACAUGAAAAGCAAGUGUAUGACAUUGCUGCAAAAUUUGGUGGAUUUGCUGUUGGAGAAGAUAAUGGACAGAGAGGUUACUUGCUGACCUAUGUCAUUGCAUAUAUUCGAGACUUGGGUUUGGAAUACUAUGUGUUAGGAGAAUCCUUUGAGACUUCUGCUCCUUGGGACAGGGUUGUAGAUCUCUGUAGAAAUGUAAAAGAAAGAAUAACAAGGGAAUGCAAAGAGAAAGGUGUUCAGUUUGCUCCUCUUUCUACAUGCAGGGUGACACAGACUUAUGAUGCAGGUGCAUGUAUCUACUUCUAUUUUGCCUUUAACUACAGGGGAAUUAGUGACCCACUGGCUGUGUUUGAACAAACUGAGGCAGCUGCUAGAGAAGAAAUCCUCGCUAAUGGAGGGAGUUUGUCACAUCACCAUGGAGUGGGCAAGUUACGGAAGCAGUGGCUAAAGGAAAGUAUCUCUGAUGUCGGCUUUGGGAUGCUGAAAUCUGUCAAGGAGUAUGUGGACCCCAAUAACAUCUUUGGAAACAGAAACCUUUUAUAAAUUCAUUACUAUUGUUAUGAAGAAAUGUCACUUUUUUUUUUUUUUUUUUUUAAUUCUUCAACUAUGGUUAUACCAGUAAUCAAAUAUAUCAUGGACU